UGAGCUUCCACUAUUCAGAUGCUAUGAGAAAAUAUUGCAUAGACCAGUUGCGUGAAGAGGACGCCGAUAUCUCUGAAACUUAGCUCACAUAACUCAAUAAGACAAAGCAUACAUGGAUCUAACAGAGCAGAUCAACCAGCUGGAAGCAGAUUUGCAGGAGCUGGGGUCGCUCUUGGAGAAGGCAGAGAGGAAAAGAGUACAGGAGCUGCUGAAACAGGAGCAGAAGAAGGUGGAAAAAGAACUUGCUGUCAAACGACAACAGAAGGAGCAGCAAGCCAGGAGAGAGGCAAACCCAGCUUCGUCAUCUAAAACAACUUAUACAGUCAAGAUCACUAACUAUGCGUGGGACCAGUCAGAGAAAUUUAUCAAGAUUUACCUUACACUGAAGGAUGUUCACAAAAUCCCAUUAGAAAAUGUGGAGGUCAACUUUACAGAAGGAUCAUUCUCUGUUUUGGUAAAGGAGCUUGAUGGGAAGAAUCAUCAGAUGACAGUCCUCAACCUGUUGUGUCCAAUUGAUGAAAAGGAAAGCUAUAAAAAGAUAAAAACAGACAUGGUUCUGGUCAUGUGCAGGAAGCAGUCUAUGAAGAAGUGGGAUUGCUUAACAAAAGUGGAAAAGCAGUCUAAAGAGAAAGAUAAACCCAGCUUUGAUGACAGCGCAGACCCCAGCGAGGGCCUGAUGAGCAUGCUGAAGAAGAUUUACUCAGAGGGAGAUGACGAGAUGAAGAGAACCAUCAACAAAGCCUGGACAGAGUCCCAAGAAAAGAAAAUAAGAGGAGAAGCAGACAUGAUGGACUUCUGAAGUGCCCUCACAACAUUACAGAGUGAGAGCUGCCAGGGACUGACUGACUUAACUUGAAUAUUUGAUGGUUUAAAACUAAAGUCCAACAUGUAACCUUCAUGAUUAUACAUCAUCAUCAGAAAUAAAUAAGGUAGAGGGACUCAUGUAAGCCCUACCUGGCCUUAUUUAGGCCCUGCUUUGAAAACACAAAAACUAGUCAUCAAAUAUGUAUGUAGAAAUGUGAGGGGUCCAUCCAGCAGAUGGCGCCUUUGACAAAGAAACACCUCACAACUAUCCUUUCUUUUAGUUAUGUUCUAUUUGAUGUGUUCAGGGACCACAAUGAAGUUCAUUUCCUGAGGUAAAUGUAAGUCAGUACCUUAUUGUUGAAAUUGGCCAGGAUAAAUGCAAUAUGUCAUUCAGUGUUGUUCCUGUGUGUCUAAACAGAGUUGAUAUUCGUGAAGUUUUCCACUAUUCAUUUGCCAAAGACUCAACUCUCUCUCCAUUCUUCUUUAUCAGCAUUUUAUUCCUGGUAAUUCUAUAAAAACCCAUUCCUGUGUAAUUAUGCACUGAAAAUGUUCUUUGUAACCAGCAAGAAAUACUAUUCCCAAUUACUGCCAAUUAUUUGUGAGUAUCUGUUUUUAAUUUUGUCAGUUAUUGAAUUUGCUUUCCCUCAUUGUAAAAUGUUCCUGCCCACCUCAAGCUUCUUCCUGAAGUUCUCUCAAAUACAGAUUUUGAGUCUUA